AUGAGCUCAUAACUACCGCUGCCGGCCUCCACUACCACCAAGAUUCAAUAGGAGCAGCAGGGCCGUUGAGAACCGAACCCUCUGUUUGCUUUUGAAAUAUCAAGAAGCUCAGCUCGCUGACCACUGCAUCAUCUUUUACAAGCUUUCUUGCUGAAAACAAAGGCGAUUGGUUUCAGCCAGCCACCUCAGCUCAGCUCACGCUCACAAGAUCGGAAUCUUGAAGUUGCCAGUCAAUCAACAAACAUGCCGCCCUUGAUCGAGCUUUGAGACAGCUUCCACCAAUCAACACGGCACAUCUCCGAGGAACACUCGCCGCCAAGACUAAUUCUUGACGCCUUCUCCAUCAUUUGGGACAUUGCUUAUUCUCUCAUCCAACUCUGGGGUCUUUGCUCUUUGUUUCACCGUUUACUCGAGACUUCAUUUUCCGUCUACCUACCGACAUUACCUAGGUGCUUAUACCGAUAAGGACUCACAUUUUCACGCAUAAACGAAAUCAAAGGCCACUGUAACCAACCAGCCUACCUACUUAUUGUGCUCAAACCAACCAUCACAGGCGAACAGCGGCGAACCUCAGCAGUGUACACGCUUGUCUGUAAACAACAUGAAGUUUGGAAGAAAUCUCCCACGCAACCAGGUUCCCGAGUGGUCCUCUGCCUACAUAGACUAUAAAGGUCUCAAGAAGCUCAUCAAAGCCGCUGGUGCCACCUCAAAGAAUGGUGGCCAGGCCGAUCUAGCAGAGUUCUUUUUUGCUCUUGAUCGCAACCUUGAAGAUGUAGACUCGUUCUACAACAAGAAGUUCGCCGAUGCCUGCCGCCGACUGAGGCUUCUCCACGACAGAUAUGGCAGCAGUGUUGAUGCCAUCUCCAACUUGGAUCAGGAUGAAGUGGAGGAGUUGAUGGGCGCCAUGCUGGAGCUACGGAGUAAGCUACGCCAACUGCAGUGGUUCGGCGAGAUCAACAGGCGCGGCUUUGUCAAGAUCACCAAGAAGCUUGACAAGAAGGUGCCUGGUACCGUCACUCAGGAUCGCUACAUUGCCACCAGAGUCGAUCCCUGUCCGUUCGCCAAGGACAACACCAUAGUACGUAUUCUCAACGAUAUCAACAAGUGGCUCUCAGUGUUGGGUGAUGCCCAGAACAUGGAUGACGCCAGGUCCGACAGAUCCGCAAGAUCACUUGGUCGUGCAUCCGUCAAAGCCAUGUUAAACUUUGCACCUGCGCUCCUUGACAAAAUGGAUAGUGCAAUCCGCAGCGACGACGUUGCUGGGCUGAAAGACGGCCUGGAGGAGGGUAAAGUCGACACCUCGGAUUCUGGCUCCCAGAGUCUGUUACUCAACCUUCUGCAGCGCUCAAUUUCAUCGAGAUCGAAGGCCUCAAUUGCAUACAUCCUCAGCCAGGUCAAUUCCUUGGAAGACCCAGAUGAUAUAAACGGACGAAACUGCAUCCACAGGCUCGUGCUGCACAUUGGACGGACAAAGACGACUUCGGCAGGAGAACAGGAGCCUGCCCCGUAUCCUUUCCCACAUUCCUCCAAAUUCGAGACCCAGAUGGGCACUCAUUAUCUGAAUCCGGCGACUUCAACAGGGCAUAUCCCAGCUGCGGGUUCUGAGAGCAAGGAGGAGAAACUCCUUGGCCAUGGAGACGACGCUGUUCAGAUCCUCAAUUAUCUUCUGGAUAGUCUCAGCGAUGACCACCGACCUGGCCUCAGUGCUCGGGAUUCCUUUGGUCGGACGCCCCUCCACUAUGCCGCCCAAUUUGGCAUCGUGGACAUCUUGGAGCUCAUAAUUGCUAGAAUGCAAGAUUGGGGCCAGUUCGACGUCAGCCGUGGAAUUGACGCGCCGGAGUGGGAGGACAAUGAAGGAAACGCCCCCCUUCAUCUCAGCGUCAUUGGCGGACACCCUAGGACUACUAAAGCUCUGCUCAAGGGAGAGAGUUGGCAGGGUCUGAGCGAGAGUGACAAGACGGAACUGCGACGUAAUGUGUCAAAAUCGAGUGCUGUUCUUGCCAUUGCGACCAAGCACAAUCACGCACGGAUCGUGGCUAUGCUAGCCAAUGCAGGCGUUGACAUUAAUUGGCGGGACAAGAGUGGCGAGACAGCGCUUCACAUUGCUGCCAGAUUUGGCCACUAUGAGUGUGCUAGGAUUCUGAUACGCGGUACUGAUGAGCAAAAGGCUGAUCUCGAAGUUGGCGAGAACUUUUUUGCCUGGACCCCCUUGCACAUUGCUGCCGUUGAUGGUCACCUUUCUGUCGCUCAGCUUUUGGUUGACGCAGGCGCGGAUGUUGACAAGCCUGACUCGUCUGGAUGGACCGCCAAGGAGCAUGCAGCGCUUCGUGGCCACAUGCCGAUUGCCAGAUUGCUUGCCGCACACUCAACAGUAGAAGAGACGGCCACUGCGAGCGCAGGCGAAUCUCAACCGAACCAGCCUAGCACCGGUACAUCACCACCAGAAGUUUCGUCUCUGGGUGACCGCCGUUCAACUGCUGCAGUUUCUCGUCCCGCCGAGCCAGUAAGGGCAUAUGGACACCGCUAUCUCAAAGACCAGACCAUGGUUUUGGUCAGCCUGGGGACCAUGGACAUGCGGAAACAUGUCGAUGCCGUAAAGCUCGAUAGGGUGCCGCUGGCAGAGGCGCACACGACCCAGCUGGAUACUGCACUUUCCUUGGUUCUCUCGGCAACCGGAGCGCAAGGCGACUCGACCGUGAUCGACCUUCCCGUGCAUGAGAACAUUUGCACUGAGCCUGUCAUAUUCACCACCACCGACGUCACCAAGGUCAAGCUGCUUUUCGACAUUGUACCUACUUAUUCUGGUAACGAGAAGAACAAGAUUGGACGCGCGGUCGCUCUGCUCUCGAGCAUACGGCCCUCAAUCGGAGCCAAAAGAAUGAGCCUCCAAGGGGAUGUCUGCAUUCCCAUCAUCGAUUCUAAUUUGGAUGUCAUUGGAGCAGUGAAUUUCAACUUCCUUGUUAUUACUCCAUUCUCCCACCCGAACAUGGAGGUGACGUCAAAACAGACGUACUGGAAGAAGAUGUCGUCGACCAUGGUCAUUGGCCACCGUGGUCUUGGAAAGAAUCAGGCAGCAAACAAGUCAUUGCAGCUUGGCGAAAACACGGUGCCAUCCUUCAUCGCAGCCGCUAACCUGGGAGCACAAUAUGUCGAGUUCGACGUGCAGCUGACCAAGGAUCACAUUCCCGUCAUUUAUCAUGACUUUCUUGUCAGCGAAACUGGUAUCGAUGCGCCAGUGCACACUUUGACGUUGGAACAGUUCCUCCACAUCAAUCCGGACUCGAGCCGCAACCAUAGCCCCAAUGGCCGUGACUCCAAUGGCCAACCGAAGAACAGCCAGAUUAAGAAGAUCCGCAGCAACAGCCCUGGACCUCGACAGCGCUCACUUUCAAUGGGCUGGGCAAACACCGACAGUACAGUCUUGGAUGAGCGCAUGAAGCAUACUCGUGACUUCAAAGCAAAGGGUUACAAGGCGAACUCCAGGGGUAAUUUUAUCCAGGCUCCUUUCGCUACUCUUGAGGACCUGUUUCAUAAACUUCCCGAAGACGUCGGCUUCAACAUCGAAAUGAAGUACCCCAUGCUGCACGAGAGUGAGGAGCAUGAGAUGGACACAUAUGCCGUUGAGCUGAAUUCCUUCUGUGACACGGUCCUUGCGAAGGUUUACGACCUUGCCGGCACCCGCAACAUUAUCUUUUCAUCUUUCAACCCUGAUAUCUGCCUAUGCCUUUCUUUCAAGCAGCCCAACUUCCCGAUCCUUUUUCUGUCAGAUGCUGGCGCCGUACCGGUGGGUGACGUGCGUGCCAGCAGUCUGCAAGAGGCAAUUCGAUUUGCGAGUCGAUGGAAUCUUCUCGGAGUUGUUAGCGUCGCUGAGCCGUUUGUGUUAAGCCCGCGACUGGUGAGGGUCGUGAAGCAGAACGGAUUGGUAUGCGUCAGCUAUGGAGUCUGGAACAACGACCCAAAGAUGGUUCAGCGCCAAGUCAAAGAGGGCAUCGAUGCUGUCAUUGUAGACAGCGUCCUAGCCAUCCGCAAAGGACUCACGGCGGGCCAGGAGCAAGAGCAUUCAGAUGCUGCUCAGACUGGCGAGAACGGUGAAAUAGUCGACCUGUCGGCUCAUCCCAUUGAUAGCAACAAUAGCACAAAAUCAGGUGCAGUUGUAGCAUCAACCGCCUAAAAGAUGUCCUUUUUUGGUGGUUAGAGCGCAUGAGUACAUGGCAUUGCACAUGGCAUUGCACAUUGCAUUGACGAGCGGUCAUGUUUAAAACCUUUUUGUAUCAUAAAAUAACACUGUAUGGACGGCCUGGCAAAUUUUGGUACCUGUACAAGACGGCGUUUACGGAUUUUUGCAUUCCUUGAGGAAUUAUUCCUCUUGUCUGGCCAUUUGUUGGAGUCGCUUAUCUGCCCUGCAAUGUCCUACAAUGUCAAAUGACACUAGGGCAUCGAUGAUAUCACAGUUAUAAAAGCAUGAUUUCCUCAGUGUUAACUCUGAAG